AUGAUACUGCCGAGGUCCCAGGUGGUGCAGAUGCGGGUGUGGGCUGUGGAAUUGGUGCUGAUGAUGUGGAUGUGGGUGCAGGCUGAGGCUGAACAGUUAGUAAUGAAGAUGAUCCUGCUAAGGUCCUGGGUGGUGUGGAUGUGGGUGUGGGCCACAAAAUUGGAGCCAAUGAUGUGGAUGCAGGUGCAGGCUGAGGCUGCAAAUUUGAGGCCUGGUACAUCGUCAUGGAAGCACAUUGGUGCAAGUGCAUACGCAACCUUGAAUCUCGAUGGGUCACAAUGUCUGAUUCAAACAUUCCAAUCAGGACCAGAUGUCCUGGGGUACUCCCCAUGCCGGGUGGCCUCAUGUAGUAGUCAGGGUGCGAUUGCUGGGGGUGCUGUGAUGGCAUGUGAUGGGGAGGUGCAUGCUAGAGAGGCAAAUGCUGGGGAGGUGCAUGGUGGAGAGGCAAGUGCUGGGGAUGCACAUGCUGGGGAGGUGGUAAGGAAGACUGAUCUAUGUGCCCAAGCUGAUAUCCUUAUCAGCUUGGAGAUUGUCGGAUUUAUCAGCUACCACACCAGUGCCAGUAUCAUCUUUGAUGAUCAGAAGCUGGAGUUCAUCAAGCUCGUCAUCAAUAACAUCAAGUUUAGAUUGCUCCUUAGGACAGAUGACUGUGAGAUGGGCAGCAUUUUCAGAUGCUUGCUGCUCAUCAUAGUUGAUCACUGUUUCAUCUCCUCCAUUUCCCAAGCAGAAGUCUCAACACAAGCCCAUCUGUGCUCUUGUGCAGCUUCCUUGUAUGCUAGCACACAGUGGACUCCCUCUCGAUUGAAUGACCUUAUGCCACAUGAAAAGAUGUUUAAAUUCUAG